GCCCACGGCGUCGCGUACGUCCAAACGCCACCAUACGCAAGUAGCAACAAACAAACGAGACGCGUUUGCCGCCACAAGCGCGUCGCUCCUGCCGGUGUCCACUCUCCCCAAACUCUCCCUUCCACACUUUCCGCCGACCGCAGGGCUUUUGGUCUUGCGAUACUCAUAUCGAACCGAAAGCCACCGAUAUUCUUGCAAAGUAUUUGUUGCGAACAGCUGCAAUGAGCCGCCAUGUGGCCAUUCUCCCGAACGACAUCCUCCAGACCAUAGUGACAAAGUUGAACGAUGAUGCCGAUCGAGGAAUUAGUAUGCAGGCGGGGGCCCGGUUCCUUCGACUACCUCAUCCUCGUACUGGAUUGCCUGCGUUGUUCCUUCCCCACGAGCUGCCCAACAAGACAAAUUCAAUGAUACUGGAAGUGCAGGCUGUGGCACCUCCCAACCAGCGGUCGUGGUUCAUGCCAGAAGGCGAGGUCGUGAAGGAUGGACAGCUUCUUGUGCUCACUCCAGUAGACCCCGUCUUUCUUCUUAUACCCCUGUUACGCAGCUCAUGUUCGACCAAUGAUGUCAUGAGUAACUUUCGCUCGGCGGAGGACCUCUUUGAGGCGGCGACGUCAACGCUUCUCCAGACUUUGGGAAACGAACAGUCCGCUGGGCAGCCGAUACCUUACUCGUCGGAUGACUUGCUGCGCCUUCUGUCUUUCAAAUGUGUAGACGACGCAAUGAAGCGAAUUUGUGAAGUCAAAGAGAUCACCGCAGAAAUCAUCGUGUAUCGCUACUCGCAAGAGAAGACGAUGAAUUAUUUCAAAGCUAAAGUUGGCCGCCUAGCCACACCAUCGGUCUGCGAGAUGUCAUCAACCGUUGUACGUCAAUUGGCGAAGGAUGGUCUUAUGGACGACGGCAAAGAGGACUUACUAGGCCCCGCACGAAUCAAGGCCGCCUGUGAAAUGCUUUCCCAAUAUCUCUCAAGCGAUAUGUAUACCACCCUGUUAGCAUCAUACGAUUUCGAUGCGCUUCACGCCCAUAUCCAGUCUAUACAGGCUGAGCGGGCUGUCUUUGCGGAGGACAGCGCGCCGGCGCCCAAGGCUAAACGAGGGAAAACACAAACCCAGAAUGGCGAGGCAGCUGAGAAAAAGCGAAAAGCUCCAGCUAAAGGUUCGAACGGCGUGGAGAAGCUGAAGAAAGUAAACGUGCAGGGGAUGUCGAAGAUAUCCAGCUUCUUUCAGAAGCCCAAGUAGCGUGUUCAGACCACUGUCAUGUCAUGUUUUGACGCGUGUAUUUUAUAUUUUGUCUUGCUUUGCAUACCAAUGGUGAGUGAGUAUACCUUUC